UGCCGUUUCCCGCACGGCCAGCGCCAGUCUGCUGCCUGCACGACUGCACCGCUGCUUGCAGACGCACACGCUCACCAGCUUCUCCCGGGGUUGCGCCGGCGAUGGACCUGCAGCCGAUGCAGCCGCCUCCCAGUUCCAGGGCGAGAUCCAGGUCCUGGGGAGCCGGUUCCUGGGCCACGGCCCCGCCUCUGUCUCCCAGGCAGCAGAUGAAGCCUCGGCACGAGCGCAGCAGGUCCACCACGCCCACGUACUCGCCACCCGUCCCCUCCUCCCAGUCCCAGAGUCUCGGCGAUAGCGGCGGCAUGACGGAGCAGGCGCCGGUGACGACUCCGCAAGAGGACGAGCUCUGUCGUCCCGCGACGGAGACGGAAACGGAGGGGAAGGCGGCGCGCCCGGCGGGGCAACAGCUGGCGGAGCGGCAGGUGAGCGACGGCGCCGACGCGGGAAUGGAGCGGGUGGUGCGGCGCCUGGAGCGGGAGGUGGCGGCGGCGAAGCAGACGGAGAUGAAGAUGCUCGAGUCGCUGGUGCGGCAGACCAAGGAGCUGGAGCAGGCCAAGAUCGCGCUCGAGGAGGCCAGGCUCGAGGUCGAUGCGCUGCGCCAGCAGCAGCAAGGCGCCGCGGCGGCCGGCCCGGCCCCGCCGGCGCAGCAGCAGCAGUGGAGCGUCAUGGACCUCAUGUUCGGCGGCGUCGACGAGGAGCUCAACGGCCUCCGGGCCAGGCUCCGGGCCUCGUCGCAGGCCGAGGAGCGGAGCCGGAAGGCGGCCGACGACCUGACCGCCGCGCUGUCCGCGGUCACCAUGGAGGCCAAGCAGGUCAAGGCCUGGCUCUCCGACGCGCAGGCCGAGCUGGAGGCCGCCAACGCCGAGGCCGACCGGCUCCGUGGCCUGCUGCUGGCCGCCGAGGCGGAGCUCUGGUCGGCCACGGAGCAGGCGGACGCGAUCACCACUGAGUGGAAGGACGCCGCGGCGGGGUGGCGCGCCAGGGAGAAGGCGCUGGUGGCGCGCGCCCGCGCCGCCGAGGAGGAGGCCGCCGCGGCGAGGCGGGAGAACGCCGACCUCGCCGGAGCGCGCCGGGCGCUCGACGACGAGAACGACGGCCUGCGCCGCGCGCUGGAGCGCGCCGCCGAGGACGCCAGCACCGCCACGGAGGCGCUCGAGCUCGUCAGCGGCGAGAACGCCGGCCUGCGGGAGGCCGCCGACGAGAAGGAGCGCGACCUGGAGGACUUGCGGCGGGAGAACGGGACCCUCAGGGCCGGCGAGGCCGCGGCGCGGGAGCGCGCCAAGGAGCUCGAAGCCCAGCUGCUCGCGGCGGCGACAGCAACCGACGGCAGCGCCGCGAUCGGGAAGGCGGCGGUGGAGAUCCCGCUGGUGGAGAAGUGGAGGCGCGAGGCCGCGCAGGGGAAGCUGGGCGCGGCGGCGUUCCUGGACCACGGGAGGGUGCUCCCGGGCCGCCGGGACCGGAUGUUCGCGUCGCUGAGCAACCUCGCAGAGCUCAAGUCGGCGGCGGCCGCGGCGGCCAUGGACGACUACGACUACGAGUUCGACCACCUGUACGUGGGCCACCAGUACGCCGGCGGCGGCGCCACGGAGCACGCCAUGAAGCACAGGAAGCGGCGGUCGAUCCUGCGCAAGUUCGGGGACCUCUUCCGGAGGAGGAGCCUGUACAAGCCCGACCCCGCGCCGGUGCUCCACAAUCACUACUAGAACAGCAUAGAUACUACUAGAUCGUAGAUGCUCGCGAGAUCGGUGCUUGCAGCAAGGUAGCCUCCUUUGAAUGAUGAUACGCACGCAUACAGAAUAAGUGAGUGAAGGAGUGUGUCGUCGUCAUCAAGGUUCUUCAGUAAUCAGUACGCCCAUCUGCUGAAAGCCUGAAGCUCUAAUCGUGGCACCGUUCUGUUUCUUAAGGAUAGGUAGGCAUGGUAGGCUCUGCAUCUGCAGCAGAUCGAUGUAGCGGGAGUUGGAGGAGAUGAUGAUGUCAGCUAUGCGUGUCCCUUACUUAAACUUCUUCCCUUUUUGGUUGAA